AUGAAAAUUUCCCUCACGGCUCUGGGUCUUCUGGGGACGGCAUCCGGCCUGAACUAUGCCGAACCAUACCGUCCUCAAUACCAUUUCUCCCCUGCCGAACACUGGAUGAACGAUCCUAGCGGACUGUUAUAUCAUAAUGGCAUCUACCACCUCUUCUUUCAAUAUAACCCGGGUGGCAUUGAAUGGGGAAAUAUGUCGUGGGGUCAUGCAACAAGCAAAGAUCUGACCCAUUGGGAUGAACGCCCUGUUGCUUUACUUGCUCGCGGAUAUCCCGAUACUAUCACCGAGAUGUAUUUCACGGGAAGCGCCGUAGCAGAUGUGAACAACACGAGUGGCUUUGGAGUUGACGGAAAGAUUCCUUUAGUCGCCAUGUAUACUUCUAUGUAUCCCGUCUCACAAGAACUGCCAAGCGGAAAACAUGUUCGCGCAGAGCAGCAGUCUCAGUCAAUCGCCUACAGCCUCGACGAUGGCGAGACCUGGAUAACAUACGACGCCGAGAACCCCGUCAUUCAAGACCCGCCCUCUCCUUAUGAAGCAGAAUUCCAAAACUUCAGGGAUCCCUUCGUGUUCUGGCAUGAUGAAACACAGAAAUGGAUCUCCGUCACAGUUUUGGCAUCAGUCCACAAAGUAGCCAUAUGGAGUUCUGACAACCUUAAAGAGUGGUCUUUCGUCAGCGAAUUCGGACCCUACAAUGCCGUCGGUGGCGUGUGGGAGUGCCCUAAUAUGUUCCAAAUGCCCGUUAAAGGACACCCAUCAGCCAAGAAAUGGGUAAUGGUUUUGGGACUCAAUCCUGGUGGCCCACCUGGCACAGUCGGAUCAGGCACGCAAUACUUCAUUGGCGACUUCAACGGAACAACUUUCACGGCUGAUCCCAGUAAUGUCUAUCCCGAAAAUGAAUCUGCCAACUGGAUGGACUGGGGUCCAGACUUCUAUGCUGCCGCUAGUUAUAACGGACUUCCUGAUGGAGAUGUGGUCCAGAUCGGGUGGAUGAGUAAUUGGCAGUAUGGUGCGGUUGUCCCGACAAGCCCUUGGCGAAGCGCCAUGUCUGUUCCCCGUCAGUUGUCGUUGAAGAUGGUGGAUGAAAAAGUGACCCUCCUUCAACAACCGCACCAGAGCUGGAGGAGUGUUGUCAAUAACCAGACCUUGAAACAUUCCUGGAAAUCUGUACCGAAAGGAUCAACCAAGCUUGACUCCCCAGGCAAAGCAUUCAAGAUCGACUUGAGCUUUUCUGAUCAUGACUCCGACCAGACUCUGGCAUCUACAUUUGCGAUAUCUGUCCAUGCUAGCUCUGACUUCAAGCAAGAGACACUCAUUGGGUACAACUUUACCAGCAAAGAGAUCUUCGUGGAUCGGCGGAAUUCAGGAGAUGUAUCUUUUGAUAAGACUUUUGCAAGCUUGUAUCACGCACCACUGUCAGCGAGUGCGGAUAAACAUAUCAACCUGCAGAUCUUCGUGGAUUGGUCUAGCGUUGAGGUCUUGGGGGGUCAGGGAGAGGUCUCGUUGACGGCUCAGGUAUUCCCCGAGGGAAGUGCAGCUGAAGCACGACUUCUCUCGGAUGGAGUGACUCAGGAUGUUAGACUUGGGAUAAUUGGGAUGGGUUCAGCGCACUAG